AGAGCUGGAACCGUGAGCAACACGUAUACAUACACGCUAGAAUACAUUACAUUACAUUAGAUUGACUUACAAAAGAACGGACACAAGAAGAAGAAACAGGGAGAGCUCCAAUCCCGAAAAAGAAGAGAGAAAAAAAACCAAAGAAACGAAAAUUUCUUUUGGAGGGAGAGAAAGCUCAAGAAAAAAACAUUUAUUUUUUUUUUUUCGCAACGUGUGACUAAGGGAAUUGAGAGGUUCUCUGGUACAUCAUCAUUUUCGCAAAAAAAAAGAAGGGCGACAUCAAACGCAAUUUUUGCGGGUGAAUUAGGGCUGCCGCUCUCUUCCGUUGUUUCUGUGUGUUCCUGCGCCAGUUCCGGUUUCUCAAACAAAGGAAUCGAAGAAAAGUCAAGAAAAAAAUGUCUCAGCGGUCCAUAGUGCCGUCCCAGCAGCAAGUUCUGCUGGCCCAGCAGCGGACUGUGGAGCAGCGUUCGUCGGCUUCGACGACGACCGUCCGCGAAUCGCACACUCGCGCCCAAGAGACCCGCGUCUCUCAGCAGACGUUCACCUCUCAACAGCACAGCACCAACACCACUCAUCGAGUUCAGGGUGCUAUGCUGCAACAGGGCCAUCAUAUUCAGCAACAAGGCCAUCAAAUCCAGCAACAGGGAUAUCAACAACAGCAGCAGAUGAUGCAAGUUUCUUUUUUUUCAGCUUUCUAAAGGAAUUCAUGUUGC